AUGUCCAAGCCGUGGGAAACCGCGAGGGAUGCCAAGCUGGCCGCUCUGCAGGCAGCUCGCCGUGAGGCAUAUAAGUCACAGUACGACAGCAAGCAUCGCGUGUCGAAGUCUGGUGGUGCCUCUGGUGGCCCCUCCGGCGCGAAGAAGAGUGGAGAAAAGAGCGAUCAGAAGCUUCCCGCCAAUUUUGCUUUCAAGCUCAUCACUGAAGGCGGCCAUGGCGAAGUGAUGAUUGACGCAGUUCUGACGGCCGAACGCAUUGAUGCUUCCUCGGUCCCUAAGGCGACCCCGACCAAGGCGACUUCAACCAAGGCAACCCCAGCGAAUGCCAUUCAGGGUGGUUUGCCAAACACCGGUGUCACCCGUACUGACGGAGGCCAUGAAACCGACAGCUCUGACGAGUUUGAUAAGCUCGUCGGUGACCCGUUUGUCGACUCUGGUCCUGGGAAGGCUAUCAUCAACCAUUUUGCCGGCUCUGGUAGCUUGACGGCUGGCAUUAACCCUUUUGUCCGCACAGUUGAGGCUUUCGUUACCCCGGUAAUCAGCUCUGGUGGUGUGCAGGCUCUCGGUAGCCCUUUUGCCGGCUCUAGUCCUGCGCAGACUGUCGCAGCCAUCGAGAACGAAUGUCUUCAGCAGGUGGACGGUUGUCGCCCGCUUUUUAAGGUGAAAAAGGAGCCUGUCGACGAUGCACAGGUCUUUUCAGCUGAGCGGAAGCUGAACGACAAUGGAAAAGCGUGUUCGUUCAACCCUUUCCAGCAAUGGAUCGACGUCUCAGGACGACUUGAUGGUCAGAGUGCUACUCCCGAUCACGCGGCGAGAUCUCUCACUUCUCAAGACGGCACCAAGCAGGAUCCGGGACGUUCCACGGCUACCACCAUUCCUGGCCAUCAGCUGAUGCUGCCUGUUGGCGGAAACAUGGUCCCAAACAAGACCAACUUCGAUGAUCCGUUUACGGUCCAAACCAUGAUUGACAAAGCUGUGAAAACUGCUUUAACGGAAAAGGACGAACAGUUGAAAUACCUCAAGGUCUCGCACGCCGCGGAGAUCUUGAAUCUGAAUAUGGCCGCCGAACAAAAAUUGAAUAACGCGCUGAAGACUAAUAACAUGGUAGUCUCCCAGCUUCAGACUUCCCUCGAGUGGCUUAAACAGUCAACCGUGAACGACAAAGUGAUUCUCGCCGAGGAGUUCGAAGAUGCCGCCUGCAACAUAGCUGCUGAGAAGGAGGUUGAAGUUCGCACCGUCAUGGAGGAGAAGAUGGAAGUGGAGAGAUUGGUUCAAGUGCUCAACUUCCGCAUUGGGAAGAUGAAGGAACUUUUGUUCUUGUCCGACCAGAGGGAGCACGAUCUUGUCAUACGUAUCAGGAAUGCGGAGGCCGCAAACGAGGAAUUAAACCGUCGCCUCGCCGUUUACGCCCAGAUCGAGAAUGCGCUGACGGCUCGCGUUGAUACCCUCGAACGUGAGGAAUCCAAUCUACAGCACCGUCUCACGCUCGCUGAGGACGAGAACCUUUCUCUGGCCACCGACAUAGACCACGUCAUCGAAUUGGGUGAAGGACUGCUUGACGCUUUCGAGUUCAAGGAGCGUGCCUAUGAGCGCAUCAUCAAGAGGUUGUCGCCGAGCGAGUGUCCGAACGUCAGGGUCGCCUCGCAGGCCAUCAAGGAGGCUUACGAUGAGCUCACGGAGGGUUAUCGCGAGGUUCGUGGUCGCCUACGCUCGGAUGCCUACUAG